AUCUCUGAACACGCUGACUCGUACAGUUUCACUGUGGCUACAACUUGCUUGUUAGCAGGUGAAUUGUAAUGUGAAAAGCGUUCAUCCACUUCAUUCGGGAAAUGAAGUAAAACAUUUAAAUGGGACCCAAGACUGGAGUAGCUGCGAUGCAUUUUGAGGUGGAAGUAACGUUACGUUAAGCCAUCGUCUGUUUAUAACUUGCGAACAUUUUACACGUGUUACCAACUCAGAAACUGCAAUGUUUCAGAAUUUUUAACUGAGUAUAAUCCGAGACAUGGUGCCAAAGCAUGGAAACAGACGACGUGUCGGUUAGAGAACAACUUUUCCACGACCGAGUCCGAGAAACCAUUAUUUGUGUGCUGCUGUUCAGUUGCCUUUACAUCUUGUCACACCUCAUUCUCACCCACUUUAAGAAGAAUGCAGAAUUCGUCACUGAUGACAUUGAGGAUGCCAUUGUCAAUAAGAUUGCGCUGUGGUUGUGUACGUUCACUCUCUCGGUCGCCGUGUGCGCGGUGCUGCUGUUGCCCAUCUCCAUCCUAUCCAAUGAAGUUCUGCUCACAUUCCCACACAGUUACUACAUGCAGUGGCUCAAUGGCUCGCUCAUUCGCGGCCUGUGGAAUCUAGUCUUUUUGUUCUCAAACCUCUCGCUGGUCUUCCUCAUGCCUUUUGCCUACUUUUUUACUGAAGCAGAAGGGUUCGCCGGGUCUAAAAAGGGCGUAAUGGCGCGGGUAUACGAGACUGCAGUGAUGUUGUUGCUGCUCAGUCUGCUGGUACUGGGCAUCGUGUGGGUGGCAUGUGCCCUUCUUCAUCACAACACUGCUCGUGAGAGUCUUUACGACCUGUGGGAAUAUUACCUUCCUUAUCUCUACUCUGGAAUUUCACUGUUUGGUGUUUUGCUGCUGUUGUUGUGUACACCCUUUGGGCUGUCACGUAUGUUUAGUGUCACUGGGAGCUUAUUGGUGAAACCUAGGUUACUGGAGAAUGUAGAGGAGACUAUGAACUGUGCGGUGUUUGAAGAAGCCUCCCUUUCCAGAAAGCUGAACAGUAACACGUCCUGUUGGGUUAAUGUUGGCGUCAAUUCAGAGACAAUGAACAAGCAGUUUUUUAAUGUACAGGCCAGACGCAUUGCUUUAGAAUUACGAGAGAGAGCGUCUCCAUGGCAACGUAACCUUGGAUACCCACUGGCUAUGCUGCUGCUCUUAGCAUUAACAGCUGUCUGUGUGCUGAUGGUGUGUUUCCAUGUGCUUGAGCUAAUCUUUGAUGAGUCUGCUAUGCCAAGAGGAAUGGAGGACCCUCGUCUGGGGCUUGCAUCUUUCUCCAUGUUUGGUUCUCUGGGCGCUGCGGUGCAGGUGGUUCUUAUACUGUAUCUCAUGGUCUCCUCUGUCGUCGGAUUCUACAGUUCUCCACUCUUCACUGGCUUGUUGCCACAGGUGCAGGACACGACCCUCACGCAGAUUAUAGGAAACUGUGUGUCUCUUCUAAUACUCAGUUCAGCUUUGCCUGUUUUCUCUCGCACGCUGGGUAUCACAAGGUUUGAUCUACUAGGAGACUUUGGGCGGUAUAACUGGCUUGGAAAUUUCCACAUUGUAUUCCUUUACAACAUGCUAUUUGCUGGACUGACCUCUGCCUGCCUCAUAAAGACAGUCACAUGGGCAUUGCAAAGAGAGCUCAUCCGUGCCUUCGGUCUGCACAGGCUGCCUUUGACCGUGUCUCGAUCCACCACCCCCCUCAAACUUCUCCUGGCAAGUGGGCUUUCAAAGAUUCACUAAAAUGAGAUCACCUUUUUCUUGUGGAGAAGGACUCCAGGACUAUUCACCUAAAAUAUGUUGCGGUCAGUCCAUCACAGGGGUACGGUCAUCAAAGCUGUUUACGGUUCGAUCUCUAAGGUUGACCGAAUUACAUGCCGCCCGAAGAGACCACCUGUCACUUAGCAUAUUCUCUUCUCUAAGGAGAGAAUUUUGUUGCCUCUACAAAUGUCAGAACUCUUGAAGCCUUUGUCAAAAUGAACAAUGGUUUAUGAGGACUUUGACAGAUGUCCAGACAGGAGAGCUAUUUCAGACGAUGACAUCACCGUCCCGAUGACCACGUUUCCUUUUCCUGCUGGUGGAACGAGAGUGUUGAGUUCUGUCCUGACGGACCCCCACGCAUUCCCUUUGUAUAUGACUAUUUUUAGCGUCAUUCAACGAAUCCAUUCCCUAUUGUGAUGCGGCUCAUUACUGGACAUUACUGGGCUGUAGAGAGACAUUGAUCCAGUCGAGAUUUAUCAGCAUCUGACUUGAAGCAAAGGAACUUUGGGGGAUGAUGAGAUGAUGUAUUGAGUUUAGGGAACAAAUGGGAAUCAUGCUUGAAAAGAAAUUCAUAUUCUGAUGAUAAAGGUUUUAUGUAAAAAAAUGAUGACGCCUAAAGCCAAAGGCCAAGUUAACUGUGAAUGGUUUUUCCUUGUAUGUAUUCAUUUGUGAAUCUUCAAAGUGCAAUACUAUUUUAUGAAAAGUUGACACAAUUAUGCAAAUCAGACUGGACUGCUUUCCAGAAAUUCGUGUAGAUGACCAAAUAAGGCAUGUUUGUGUUGGCGGCGUCUGAUCUAAUUACGAACGCUUCGAUCGUGCAAUAAGGUCAAGGUUUGGUUUGGGUCGUAUUUUUUUAGUUGAGGGACAACCACCACCGCACGUGACACGUUCCUGUUUCAUAGACAAGGAGCUGCGACUAUGAGAAUAGGUUUGCCUGAUUUAAUAAUCACUCAUUGUUUUAUAUGGUGCAGUGUUAUUUAUGGUGUACACAUCUGAUUACAAUUUUGUAUGAUUUUGUUAUUUAUUUACAUUUUUUUAUUCUCUCUGCAUCAUUUUAAGUGUUCUUCAUGUGGUGGCCAGUAGGGGGCAGUGUGUCAUAAAAGCAUUCAUUCUUGUUAGCUUUCCAUAUCUCAAGUCUUGUUGGAUCUUUAUCAAUCAGUUUAAGUCUAAGCAUAUUAACUUUCAUUAAAUUUCCGUAAAUUAGAGUUUGCCAUUGUCAUUGAGUGGCCUUUUAUUGUCAUUUAGCUCUAUAAAGAUGAAUCAGUGCAUAAAUAAUUGCCUAAAUGUUUUUCCUCUCUUACAAGAUAUAUUUUUACUGAAUCCUUUGGCGUGGAUGAUAGUGGAAAAAGAGAAAUGUGUUUCGAGCUCUAAAGUACUGGAUUCAACAAUGACAUAAUGAUAGAAUGUCUGUCCCGUAUUGGUGGAUGAUUUGAGGAGUAUGUUUUUCACUUCAUUAUUAAUGGAAAAGACUCUGAAAAUGCAGUGAGCAUUAGGGUUUUGAGAAAAAUGAAGUACUUGCUGCUAUUUUAAUAGUUUGGGUUACUUUGUACAACUAGCUAUUUAGUUUGGGCAGAUCCAACUCGACCCUUUAAAGAAAAAGUGUGAAACUGAAAAUCGUGACAUUUUAGAAAAGAACAAUAAAUGUUUCCACCUG